AUGAGUUCCAUGAAAACAAACCUCACUGUGACUGAAUUUGUGUUCCUGGGGCUCUCCUCGGAGCCAAAGAUUCAGCUUAUUCUUUUUGUCAUAUUCUUGUUCUUCUAUUUAUUAACCGUAUGUGGAAAUAUUAUCAUCAUUACUAUUAUCCAGAUAGAACCUCGCCUCCAAACCCCCAUGUACUUCUUCCUCACUAACUUAUCCUUUCUGGACAUUUGCUACAUAUCCACCAAUGUCCCACAAAUGCUGUCCAACAUGGUGGGGAAAAAGAAUUCCAUCCCGUUCUCUAGCUGUGCCACUCAGAUGUACUUCUCCCUCUCCUUUGGAAUGAUUGAAUGCGUCCUCCUGGGCAUCAUGGCUUAUGACAGGUAUGUAGCCAUUUGCCAUCCUCUUCAUUAUACCCUCAUCAUGGACCGCAACACCUGUGUCCUGCUGGCAGUCAUUUCCUGGUCCAGUAGUUUCCUGAGUUCCAUGGUUAUCAAUGUUCUCACCUUGAGUUUUUCCUACUGUGGGCCCAAUAUCCUGAAUCACUUUUUCUGCGAGGUGCCUUCCGUCCUGAGGCUGGCUUGCACAGACACCUCUCUCACCGAGCUUGUGGUUUUCAUCUUCAGUAUCAUCAUCGUCUUCAUCCCUUUCCUCCUCAUUGUUGUUUCCUACGCCCGGAUCCUUCAGUCGGUUCUCAGGAUGCAGAGAACUGGGAGGUACAAGGCUCUAUCCACCUGUGCCUCCCACUUGACAGUGGUGGCCUUAUUUUAUGGGACCGCCAUCUCCAUGUACAUGAGACCCCAGUCAAAGUCCUCGCGAGCUGGCGGCAAGAUCAUUGCGGUCUUCUACACGGUGGUCACACCCAUGCUCAACCCUUUGAUUUACAGCCUGAGGAACCAGGAUGUGAAAGGAGCUUUAAGGAGAGCUAUUGCAAAACAAAAGGCAUGA